AUGGGUCUCUUUGUAGUUCUGGUGAUCUGUCUUUCUAUUUUGAUUUUCCUUUUUCUCUGGAAUCAGAGGCAUGCCAAAGGGAAGCUGCCACCUGGGCCCACUCCUCUCCCAGUUGUUGGAAAUAUUCUCCAGAUAAAUAUUAAGAAUGUCAGCAAAUCCAUAAGCAAGCUAGCAGAAGAUUAUGGUCCUGUGUUCACUCUGUAUUUUGGCAUGAAGCCCACUGUGGUGUUGCAUGGAUAUGAAGCAGUGAAGCAAGUCCUGAUUGAUCAGAGUGAGGAAUUUUCUGGCAGAGGUAGUUUACCAGUGGCAGACAACAUCAACCAGGGAUUAGGAAUUGUUUUCAGCAAUGGAGAAAUAUGGAAGCAAACUCGACGUUUCUCCCUCAUGGUUUUGAGGAAUAUGGGGAUGGGGAAGAGGACUAUUGAACACAGAAUUCAAGAGGAAGCCUUGUGUUUGGUGGAAGCAUUAAAAAAAACCAAUGGAUCUCCUUGUGAUCCUACUUUACUUCUGAGCUGUGCUCCCUGCAAUGUGAUAUGCUCCAUUGUUUUCCGGAAUCGUUUUGAGUACAGUGAUGAGAAAUUGCUAACCUUGAUAAAAUAUUUUAAUGAAAAUGCAAUGCUUGUAAGCACCCCCUGGAUAGAGCUCUUCAAUGCUUUCCCCUCUUUACUGCGUCAUUUCCCAGGAAGUCAUAAUACAAUAUUUAAAAACAUGACUGAGCAAAGGAAGUUUAUUUUGGAGGAAAUAAAGAAACACCAAGAAUCCCUGGACCUCAAUAACCCUCAAGAUUUUAUUGAUUACUUUCUGAUUAAAAUGGAAAAGGAAAAACACAAUAAACAUCCUGAAUUUACCAUGGACAACUUGAUCACCACUGUAUGGGAUGUAUUUAGUGCUGGAACAGAGACAACAAGCCUCACUCUGAGAUAUGGGCUCCUGCUCCUGCUGAAGCACCCAGAAGUCACAGCUAAAGUUCAGGAAGAAAUUGACCGUGUGGUUGGCAGAAACCGAAGCCCCUGCAUGCAGGACAGGAGCCGCAUGCCCUACACGGAUGCUGUGGUGCAUGAGAUCCAGAGAUACAUUGACCUUGUCCCCAGCAAUCUGCCCCAUGUAGCAACUCAGGAUGUUAAGUUCAGAGAAUACCUCAUUCCCAAGGGCACAGCCAUAUUAACAUCUCUGACUUCUGUCCUGCACGAUGGUAAGGAGUUUCCCAACCCAGGGCAGUUUGAUCCUGCUCACUUCCUGGAUGAAAGUGGAAACUUUAAGAAGACUGACCACUUCAUGGCUUUUUCAGCAGGAAAAAGAGUUUGUGUUGGAGAAGGCCUGGCCCGCAUGGAGCUGUUUUUACUCCUGGUCAGCAUUUUACAGCAUUUUACCUUGAAACCUGUGGUUGAUCCAAAGCACAUUGAUAUUGCACCACGUUUCAAAGGGAUGAUCUCUAUUCCACCCUUCUGUGAGAUGUGUUUCAUUCCAGUCUGA